UACAUCCACUUUCAUCAGUUCACUGUCAGACAGCUGCUUUUUAGAGGCAUCUCGUAUCGCGUGAAGCUCCACGACAUGAAGCGAUAAAGUCCCCCUAGAUUUUUUACGCACAAAUGUUGUUUUUUGCACCAAGGCAACUAAUUGCAAUACACAGAGAUUCUCUCGCUCUGGCGUGUAACGUGAUGCAGUAGUUUCCGUAAAUGGUCUUUACUCGAUGGCGACAGCUCGGUGAUACUGAGCCGCAUGAGGUGCAGCUCGUGCUCCUCAGCAGAAACAUUUCACUUCACGAGCCACUUGACAGCCAUCUAUUUGAGUGGUUUUUACUUUUUGUUCAGUGGCGGGACUGUAAAAAUCUUAUUUCCAUGCGUCUGACUUCAUUCGCGGAUACUGCAUUUUCUCCAGAAGAAUGACUUCAGUGUGGAAAAGAUUACAAAGAGUUGGCAAAAAGGCCACUAAAUUUCAGUUCGUGGCUUCGUAUCAAGAACUUCUUCUGGAAUGUACAAAGAAAUGGCAACCAGACAAACUGAGAGUGGUGUGGACACGGAGGAACAGGCGCAUUUGCUCAAAGCUUCAUGCAUGGCAGCCAGGCAUCAAAAACCCCUACAGGGGAAUGGUGGUAUGGCCCGUACCUGAGAACGUGGACAUUACUGUCACACUCUACAGGGACCCACAUGCGGAUGAGUUUGAAGACAAAGAGUGGACAUUUUUCAUUGAGAAUGAGACAGCGAAGGGCAGUCGGAAAGUUCUGGCGUCUGUGGACUUGAACAUGAAGAAGUUUGCCAGUGCCGAAACGAGGCCGCUGAACGAGGAUGAGGACAUGCAGAGUCUCGCCAGUCUGAUAAGUGUAAAGCCAACGGACAUUGGGAACCUAGAUGACUUUAAUGAGAGUGAUGAAGAAGAGGAUAAAAGAUCUAGUACCGGUGUUAAUCUCAGUACUGCAGCUCCAGCACCCCACCUUCCUCUUCACUCCCAAGAAAAGAGACCUGGAUCUCUUAAGAGCCCUUCAGCAAUAGUCAGUGGUAAAGAGAGGCCUACUGGUGGUGUCCUCUCACGCCCAGUGUCUGGCAGUGUUCAUAACCCUGACCUGACAUCACGUCCACCUUUACCCACCCCACCCAGUCCAACCCCUCGCACCAUGCCCUCACCCACCCGCUCCAGACCACCAUGUCCACCACCCAUUGCCCAGCCACAGUCCCCACCUGACUCCCACACAGAGCAAAAUACUUCUGGUUUGCUCCUUCCAGCAUUGCCCAAAAUCUUCCAGCUGUCUCCUGGCUCAGCUCCUGUAUCCUUUCAAAGAAGACUGUCGGGCUCUGAGGCCCCUCUGGAGGGCCCCGUGACCUCCGACUAUCCUCUGCUCAAACUCCCUCAGGCUUCUCCUUCUGAUCCCUUCCUCUCUCACUCUCCUUCUCCUCCCACUAUGCUCCUGAAAGAUUCUUUCGGAGCCACUCGCACCAAUGUUUUUAAGCCCAAGAUUGUCCCCGGUGCUCGCCCUGUAUCCCCCACUCCUGUCCCUCUCCUCGAGGCCAAAACUUCUUCCCUCUCUCUCUCUGACACAUUUAAGCAUCCAUCUGCUGGCACUGCGCCAGGAUCAACCACUGAUGCCCACACAACUGCCCCCUGCUGUUCAUCUUCUUCUGCUCGCUCAGAGAUACCCAGGGAGCUCAACACACUUACAGAGGAGGAUCAAACAAACCCGUUUCUACAAGAUUUACUUGCUGAAGAACCGAAGAACUCGGAGCCCAAAACAGACCAGUAUCGCUCAUCUCGGACUAUAUGCAGCACUAGCAUUGCUAAUAAACAAUCUCCUUCCUCCCUCCGUCAACCUGAAACCAUCAGCACUGAAAGAAAAGAGCUCAAACCUGCCACGGCUGUAAAAAGUCUUGGGCCUGUUGGCAAGUCAUCAUUGGACACAUCUGGAGUACAGCCUGUGGAAGCUUCUAGAUCUGAGGAACUGGACACUGGAACUAUCCCUCCUCCACACCCAUUCUCAGCUCCAGCAACAACACCUCCAUCAUCAGUGGUUUCCACACACAUGGAGAAAAAUCUAGUUUUUAUAGCAGAGAAACCACCAUUGGCUGAGGAAGAACCAGAUUUUAAAGUGGCCGAUUUCGAUAAAAUGAUGAAACCCAUUAAAGAUGUUACUGUUGGCAAAUGCCCUGAGAAAGAACCACUCAAAAUUGACAUUGAACAACCAGUGCAAUCCAGUCUGGUUCAAACCUUUUCAAUAACCGAUGGUGUCAAAAUAAAGCAACCAAAAAUCACAAACAUUGAAUCAGCAGGGGAAGUUUCUUCAAAAGGGGAACCGAAUGUGCAGAAUGCAAAGGGUGCUCUGCUUUGUGGUGACCUCAACAAGUCAGACGAGGACAAGAUAAUAAAGAAAUUUGCCUCAGCUGGUGUUAUCCCUACAGAACACAAUAUCCCCAACAUUUUAUCCAGCUCAUCGCCUCUAAAGAAAAAACCUACAGAUCUUCCCAGGGAAAAAAGUCAAGUGUGGGUGGAAGAAGUCCUUGAAUCUAAGUCCAACCGUAGUUUGAGAGAGAAGCAGUCCCAUAAGGAUAAUCUGGACAAGAGUUUAACUAUUGAGCAAAGUCAAAAUGAAAUGGCCUUAACUCCAGCUGAAAGGCUUAGUGUUAGCCUCAAAGCGGCUUCCCCUCAAAUAUCAGAUCUGCCCAAAGAGCUUCCUUUCAUUCAUCCCCAAUCCCUGGAGCCCAAAGUCCUUAAAUGCAUCUCAGAACAAACUCCAGCAGUCAGUCGACCACCAAAACCAGAGCUGAUUGUGAAGAAGUCAGACAACACAGUGUUAACGCAGAAGAGUGUGGAGGUCCAUUCACUUGCCCAAGCAGAAGUGCCAAUCUGGAGUUCUCUGAAAGAGAAUGUAAAAGAUCAGGAGUAUGAAGCAAGGGAUGAGGAAAUAAAUAAGCACAAAAUACCUGACAAGAUGCCAAAAGAAGAAAAUAAAGCUGAAAUGUCCUCAAAAAAAUCUUUAGAAGCAGGCGAAGAAAAAGCCGUUAUCCAAGUCGAGAAUGCUGAGAAUCUCAGUAUAAAUGAACCAGAUUCCCAACAGCCGAUACCCUCCAUUGUCCUUAAACCACAUCCAGCUCAGACUAUUAAGGAGAAGAGAAAAGAAGCUGUUAAAGUCAGUAUACCGGUCCGUAUGAAGCCUCUACUUCCUGUGAUCUCCCCUGCUGUUGCUGUAAAGGACAAAAGAACUUCAGUGCAUCUGGAGAACAUUUGCCCUCUGAUGCCCAACCUGUCUCUGGAUACAGAGUCUGAUGGAAAUGGUUUAAAGAAAAAGGUCACAUUUGAGGAAGAGAGUGUGUUAUGGGUAGAGGAGAAAACAAAAGAAAAAAGUGAUGAAGUUGUUAGCAUGUGCAAGUUGAUUCCAGAAAAAGAGGUCCUGGACAGGGGCCAAUGUGGACAAGAAAUGUCAGAAACCAAGCUGAAGGCGCAAGAGGAUUCCUUUGCCUUGUCCCAUUCACACCACAAACUAGAUAAAAAUGCUAACAGAGAAAGCCAGAGGGAAGAUAAUAAAGAGAAGACCACUAAAGAGGAAGAUUCAGAUGAUAAAAUGCCGCAAACUGGCAGUGAGACUAUUUGGGCAACUCAAGCUGGACCUAAAGAAGAUGUGAAGACUGUUAGUGUCUGUUCAGGAACCGAACUUGGCCUUGAGCUUGAUGUAGGAACAGACAGAAACGUGGACACCUGCAUACAGGAACAUGACUCAGUUUCUGACCAGGAAGAAGUAUCUGUAGGCUUCAUACGGGGGAUGUUCUGUGUUCUGUAUAAAGGUUAUGAGACCAUGACAUCAAUACUACAGCAGCCAAGCACAUCAGAAACCGAUGUUAAAGAUGACACGAUUUUGGAUGAUCAAGAUGGAUCUGUGGUCAAAAUUCUCCCUCCCGAGGCCUUCUCUGGCACCAAAAUGGAGCAUCCAUAUGACGAUGAGCCCCAGGAAUCAAUAAUCCAGGAUGUGUUACCUUCUGGCGAGUUACAGAGAGAUAUUCAGACCUCCGAGCCUGUGACCAUGAGCUUGGUGGAGUGUUUGAAACUGGCUGCCAGAGAAACUCAAAGCGGAUCUAUGAACUUCAAGACCCAGGAUAAAGGAAGCCCAUCUAAACAAAAGACAGCAAUUGAGCAAACCCAAAUACUGACACCAAUAGGAAAUGACAAAUACAUGAAGGUGGAAUUGAAGUCUGAGAGUGUGAUAUCAAAUGAAGAGAAGAAUGAAGAGCCAUGCUUACUUCUGGAGGAAGAAGAAGACAUAACUGCUAAGAAAGAUGUGCAAAACCUCAGCUAUGUGGAAACAGAUCAUCUGGUGACUGAGGUAGACUUUAAGAAAAAAAAAAUACACGAAAGCCCAAAAAGAAAUGGGCAUGAAAAACUUCUGCCUGGCAAGAUAACAGCAGCAGAUUUAAGGCCAGUGGCGGAGUCGGAGGGUUCACAGGAGGAGCUGGAGUUUGAACUAGGUCAGGAAGACUUAGGAACAGUGUGGUCUGCUGAGCUAUAUAUGGAUGGAGGACCAGAGGAAUCCCCAAUACCACCAAUAGUUUUCACAGCCAUACAAACACUGGAAUCGCCUCUGACUGCCUUUCCACCAGAAUCUGGGCCUAUAUUAAAAGGCACUACACCAACGGAAACUAUUUCCCAACCCGCUAGCAAAGUUGUUUCUGUGUGUCAAGACGAGAGUAUGCAGUCACCACCCCCAGUGCUUUUACAGGAAGUUGGCCCUGAUGCCAUCGAUCAAAAUAGUAGCUCUGCAGCUGCUAAAAGGCAUGUGGUUCCACAAUGCAAUGAACAAGGAACCAAUCCUUCAGAUGUAACUAUAGAGACAGCAGCUGUAAAGACUGUUGAGAUAUGCAAAGAUGUUGCAAAAGAGACAAGUGAGAAUAACUUGUCACCACUAGAGGGAGACAAUACCAAAAACAUGUCUAUUAACAACACUUCAAAAGUUGAGAUGGAAAAAGAGAGCAGCCCAGUCAUCACCAAGGCAUCAGAAAUUAUUAUUGUAGCAGCCACAGAAAGACCGAAAGACAUAAACGUUGAUGAGAAUGUUGUUUCCGGGAAGGACAUUUCUCCAAGGAGCUCAGUGGUCCCAUGGCCAUUUCCUUCUCCUAAACUCGAAAGACACCGUGAGCCCUCAAAAUGUACAGAAAGUUCCAGUCUAAAUGAUGACGACCUCUCGGAGGAGAGCGUUCUGUUAGCAAAGAUUCGUCAAAUGGCAGAAGAAGAGACGGCACAGCCGUCAGCUUCUGCUCCAUGCACUAAGAAACGUUUGAUCCCCUGCAAGUCUGAUUUUGAACUUCCUCCAACUCCUCCCAUGCAACUAAAGUCCAGCAUGAAACUGCCCGUGGAUGAAAUACGACCAAAUUUAGAUGGGACGGAGAUUACAAAAACACUCAGACCUCCACCGUCAGUGAUUUCCCCAGAGCAGAUAGAUGAGAAGAUUGACAUCAGGCAGUCUCAGACUCCCUCUGUGCCACUGGAGAGCUUUAAAUUAGAUGAUAGCCACAGAAAAGCCAAUGCUAGAAAUGCUGUUUUAGAUGAUAAUGUCCAGUUAAACAAGCAAGAACAAAACAUCCAGCUGGAAUGUAUGGCAGCUGAAAGGGAGUGCCAAGAUACACCAGCUGUUAAGCCCACAAACCAGACAGAGAACACAGAAACAGAAGCUGAAACGAAGAAGAAGGAAGAACCAGAAUUAAGUAUUGAUAGAAGUGAAGAGGUUCAAAUAGAGCAGAAUAAGCCACCAUCUCCAGUGCCUGAUGAAUUGUCUAGUCAUCCUCAGGAAAAGGAGUCCUCUGCUGUGUCCCCAGAGGCUAAAGGGAGCGAGAUGCCAUCUAGGAGCCCAGGCAGCAUGCAGGUUAACGGCCAGACCACUGCAGACGCAUCCCAUGUGAUUGUGCCUCCAGUGCGCAUUAAAAAGAAAAUAAUUCCACCACCAAUGGACCUUGCAAUAGUAAAAACAAUUGAUGAAUCAAUUAAGGAGGGUUCCGCAGUACCUGCAUGGGAUUUUGCCAGUCCACUGCCCAGUCCUGGUUUGGUGACCUCCAGUCAGUCCUUGCUGGAGUGGUGUCAAGAGAUCGCUAGAAACUACAAGGGAGUAAAAAUCACAAACUUCAGCACCUCUUGGCGUAACGGCCUGGCGUUCUGUGCCAUCUUACAUCACUUCCACCCUGCGAUAAUUGAUUUUGAUGCAUUGGAGCCUCACAACAUAAAGCAUAACAACAAAGCUGCUUUUGAUGGUUUCGCAUCACUGGGAAUAUCUCGUCUGCUGGAGCCCUCAGACAUGGUGCUUCUCUCUGUGCCAGAUCGUUUGAUUGUCAUGACGUACUUGUGCCAAAUACGUGCACACUUCACUGGGCAGGAGCUGAGUGUGUUACAGAUAGAGCAGAACAACAGUCAGUCCAGCUAUGCAGUAGCCAGUCCAAACCAAGGGUCGGAUGUACAAGCAGCAGCCAAAUUCUGUGCAGAGAGACUCCAGGCUGGAACUCUGUCAGGAGAGAGUAAUAUCAAGGACUCACUGGGAGAGGAGGGAAGUGACACUGUGGCUAAGCCAAACGGAGGUCUUGUUCCUCCACCUCGGACUAAACGUGCAGGAAAGGUGGAAGAGAAGGGCAGUAAGGAGACAGAGGGAGGCGCGCAGACUCCUGUGGCCCCACCACGACCAAACUCAGCGGCUUCCAGAUCAGGAUUCGGGCACAUACGAGAUGCAGAUCUGGUGAAGAAACGGCGGUCACGACUAAAGAGCGAAUCCAUGGAUGAGACUGAUUCAAAGGAGCAGCCAAAAGAGUCAGAUAAAGGUGAACUGACAGCUGAAGGAACUAAUGGCUCAACAGCUGCUAGAGAAAGUGCUGAAACUGAACCUCAGGAAGCAAACCAAGAUGUUAAAUCAGCAGAGAGUGAGACAAUGUGCCUGCAGGACACCAAUCAAUAUGUGUUGAGUGAACUUCAGGCCCUGGAAACCGAACAGAAGCACAUAGACAGCAGAGCUGCAGUCAUGGAGAAAAGACUACGAAAGGUCAUGGAGAUGGGAAGUGAUAAAGAUGAAGAAGAGAAGCUGAUUCAGGAAUGGUUCACUCUGGUCAACAAGAAGAAUGCUCUGAUCAGGAGACAGGACCAUCUGGAGCUGCUGCAAGAAGAGCAGGAUUUAGAAAGAAGAUUUGAGCUGUUAACCCGAGAGCUCCGAGCCAUGAUGGCUAUUGAAGACUGGCAGAAAACUCAGGCCCAGCAGCACAGAGAACAGCUACUGCUACAGGAACUGGUGUCACUGGUCAACAAGCGGGACGAGCUAGUCAGAGACAUGGAUGCAAAAGAGAGAGGGGCUUUGGAGGAGGAUGAGAGAUUGGAAAGAGGUCUGGAGGCAAGACGUAGAAAAUACAGCAAUAAGGAAAAGUGUGUUCUUCAGUGAAGAAACUUGAAUUCUUAUGAAAACUGUGGCGAUUUAAAUGACUUGGACUACACCAGGACAUUAGUGUGCCUUCUUUUGACUUUCAGAGACAUUUGGCUUAAUGUGAAGCCCUUCCUCAAAACAUCUUAAAGAUCUCAGUGGGAUAUAAAACAUGUCCAGUGUAGAUCAGACAAGUUAUUCCCUAAAAGUUUGCACAACGUUUUGAAGGUUUUCCAAGGUUGCACUGGUUGAGUUUUAUAUUUUAAGCAAUAUUACUUUAAAUCUGAAAAUCUGAAAGAAGGUCUUUAUUGUUUUAUUGGACAAUAAACAAACAGCCUUCACACACCUGCAUGGUUGCAGACAGUUGAACUGAAUACAAGAAAUAAGAAGAAGAAAGGGGGGAAAUUCUGCACACAUUUGUAGGUUGCAAGAAAUCCAAUAUUUAUUGAGACUUCUGUCACACAACCUUAGUCAGGAUUUUUUUUUUCCUGAAGAAAAUAAAACAUUGCACAAUAAAUAAUAGAUUUCUUUCAAGCUGCAGCAGUGAGCAGGGUUUUCUCUCCUUUGUUGUUGUUGUUGUUGUUGUUGUUGUUUUGGAAAUGAAAUGUUUAAGAUUAAGAUGAUUUGACUGUCUUUAAGAUGUAUCGAACAGACAAAGAGACUUGUGCCAAAGUUUGCUGUUUUUACAUUAUUUAUUUAAGUGUGUUGUUUCCUGGUAUGCCAACAUGUCUCUGUUGGGCUGUUGUCUUGUAUUAGCUGCAAAUGAUAUUCUCUGAUGUUUUAUCAGACAAUAUAUGUCUCCAAAUGAAUGUAUUGAUAAAGUUAUUUUGCAUUGCAGUGCCUUUAGAGGUUAAAUACCUUUUGAAAGAUACCAUUCUGUAUCUUUGUGUUUUAAACCUUGAAAGCUAACUCAAAAUGAAAAAUAUUUAUGGGCUGUUUUAUAGAUAUACAAAAAGUAUUUUGUCUGUCUGUACUCUUUUCGAUAAUUAAAUGUGUAAUUCAUUCCUAUUUUAAUAUUUAGGGUGU